AGCAGUGUCUAUCAGCUCCAGCACAUGGACAGUGGUUACCCAGGAUCCUGCAGACAGUGCUGGGGACUACAGAUCCUGCACAGAGCUCCAGUCCUCAGAAGGAAAUAUCUCUGCAGCUGAUUAUUGGAUACAGAUUGAGAAAGGAGGUACCCCCCCCCCCCAGCACUGUACAUGUGUGACCCAUUAUAUAGGGGAGGGGGCAACAUCACACUGCUUCUGCUGGAAGCUGCUCCAUACAUUACAUGGGCAGAGGAAGCCCCUGCUGCUGCAGUGGAACAGGAGAUCUACCAAUUGUGAAGACUUCAAAGACCAUCACAUCAUCUCCUGCUGGGGAAUCUGGAGUCUGUAGGUACCUUCCAUAAACUGUUCACAAUGCAGAAGACACAAGUGUUUACACCAUCCUGCUCCUUUGCACCUGAGCGGUGAAACCCAUGAGUCCUCCCCCCUUUGCCUCUGCCCAUGCUGGGCUCCAGAGAAUGGGGAGCGGAAGCUCCAAUUGUGGCACAAGCAAUUCCUUGAUCAAAGUCUGCAGAGACCACAAAGGAGGGAUCAACUGGCUUAGUUUGAGCCCAGAUGGGUUCCACCUGUUGACUGCCAGUGAGGAUUGCACUGCCCGCAUAUGGAGGACAUCUGACCACCAGUGCUGCAAGUUGCUGCAAGGACACAGCAGCUACAUUACAUUUUGUCACCUGGAGAAUGAAGCAGCAUUCACAUGUAGUGCCGAUCACACUGUGAGGAAAUGGGAGGUGUCGACGGGUCAGUGUCUGACCGUUUACACUGGACACACAUCAAUUGUAAACAGGAUUCUGGUGGUCAGGAACUUGCUCUUCAGUGGAUCUUAUGACAGGACUGCUCGUUGUUGGGAGACGGACUCGGGAAGAUCUCUCCAGGAGUUUCAGGGUCACAGAAACUGUAUCUUAGUCUUAACACAUUUUUCAUCCAAUGAUAUCCUGGAAGAAUCGGACAAUGAAGGAAAAGGGAUGAAGGACUUCUUGGUGACUGGAAGUACAGACUGCACCGUGAAAAUCUGGGAAGCAUUUACUGGGUGCUGUUACCAGACCUUAAGGGGACAUUUAGGGGCCAUAUUGUGUAUAGUGCUGGAUACCUACAGAAGAGAACUGUUUUCAGGCAGCAUGGACUACACCAUCCGGAGGUGGAACAUGGUCACUGGAGAGCAGCUUAAAGUAUUCAGAGAUCAUCAAGGAUCUGUUAUAUGUCUAGAGAUGAUUGGACGACAUUUAUUUUCUGGCAGCGUUGACCGGACUGCGAAAUGCUGGUUGUCCGACACUGGUGAAUGUGUCCGAACAUACAAGUCUCAUAAACACAGCAUUAGCACUUUGAAAUACCAUGAUGGGAUAUUGUUUACAGGGAGCGGUGAUGCUUGUGCCCGGGCGUUUAAUACGAAGUCAGCAAACCUGCAGCAAGUCUUCCAAGGACACACUUUUAUCAUAAACUGCAUUCAGAUCCAUAACAAUGUAUUAUAUACAGCAUCUCAUGAUGGGACGCUCAGAGUCUGGGACAUUACAGGCAUCAGUUCACAGGGGAAGCACCAGAAGAAGUCCUCGGUGAGGAGCCGGCACUCUCAGAAGGGGAGCAUGCCUCAUAUCUUUCACAAUAAAGUUGGCUGUUCCAUAGAGGCCACUGCAGACUGUGAACCUGUAGAACUGAUGUGAACUUUGGAUGAAUUCUAGCAAUAGAAGAUAACUGGAAAUGUAAUAUAUUUUUUGUAUUCUGCAAUAUGUACGACAAGACAAUCUAAAAGUUUUUAAGGUUUUUUCCUUGUAAAUAUUAUCAGACAAACCGAUGGUAAUUGCUGUCGGACAUUCAGCUGAUUUUACUGGUUUUUCACUCUGACCUGAACAUAGGACUCCCCUCUAAGAUGGGACAAUCCUUUUAGUUAUUGUAUGACAGAAAGUUCUAACAUGCUAGAAUAUAAUGUGUGCUCAAAAAUCUGAUUGCUGUCAGUGAAUGGAACAUUCUUGUUUACAUUCUUAGAUGUAAAACCUGUACAGACUGAAUACAGUUCACAACUGAGUUUGCUACAAGGGAUUGUCCUAAUCCAUAAAUAAAAAAAAUAAAUAAAGUACUCACCCUUACCAGUUACCAAUACUUUUUAUUAUUAAUGUCAUGUGACAGCAGAGGUGACGAAAUCCUUAGGCAAAAGCCUAACAUGAGGACCUCACUGACACACAUAAAUAAUAUAUGCCCCCAGUAGUAAGGUAGGGAAGCCCAAGAAGAUACUAGAGGUGGGAACUGAAUGUCCCUAUUAGGUAGAAGACCCCAGUAGGGAACCCUCUCAUUUUAGGUACAAGCCCCUAGUAGUUAGGUAGUCAGGUAGGGAACAUCCUAUUAGGUAGAUGCCCCCAUUAAGUGCCAUUAGUUUCCCCCAGUAAUUCCCCUCCAAAAGAAAAUAAUAAAAAUCCCACUCACCUUCCCUCUGCCCCCACCCUGAGGCCCCUGCAUCCUUUGCUCUGUUAGUGGUGCAGGACCUUCAUCUACAAGCUGGAGAGGUGCAGGACCUGCCACAUAUAAAAAAUGUAAUCGUGCAGCAGGUCCUGCACCACUCUGGAUAAUGAAGCAAAUGAUAAAGAGGCCUUUGCAUGGGAGUAUAUAGUCUGCAGGUAUUGGAGACAUUUUCAUGAGUACAAGUACUGGUGCAGAUGUCUGGUAUCGGCACAGAUACCGAUACCAAUACUGCGGGACAUCCCUACCGUGGCAACCUGUCAAGGCAGUCCUCUUUGAGAAAAAUAAUGCAGAGCCAUAUGCAAGAAGAUGUACAGAGGUAAAGAGUCAUGUGAGGAAUAUGUAAUCUAAAUAAAAAAUGUCUCCACUUAUUUCUACAUGUAAUCAGAGGCAUAUGAAGGUAAACUAUGCCUCAUGAGUCCUCAGUACCCUAUUGCAUUAUCCUACAAACUGAAGCUUUACAACAGAUGUGUACAAAAGUAAAAAUGUAUAAUUGCUUAUUAAAAAAAAUAUAUAUAUAUAAGUCCUGGUUUUCAUUAUCUGGAGGGAUGAAUAACUCACUGGCAGCAAGCAGAUAUCAUGAAAACGAUGAGCAACGAAAACACUAAAUUAUUAGAAAGUUGCAUAACGUUUCAUUUUACAAGUUAUAAUGGCCGUGAGCACUUUCACAAGCAGUUUCUUUUAAAUUCGCCCCAAGUAUUUCAAAUGAAAAAUUAAGCACUUUAGCAAUAGGUAAUAAAAAAUAAAAGUUUUCCCUACAGCAACUAUGCAAACUAAGUUUCCAUGGUAACAGACAACAAACAAACCGUGUAGUCUGAUCUUGUUGUCAUACUCACUCCUAUGUGCUCUCUUCUUCUUGCAAUCCUAUGAGAUAUACAUAAGCAUAAAGUUGGGAACACUCGGAAGGAAGUAUCAGUUUGGAGAUGCAUAGUUUGCAUUGGCACUGUAGAAAAAUAUUGGACAUUUUUAAUACAGACCUAUUGCAAAUUUGCUUCAUUUUAAAUUAGGAAAAAUACAUUUAAAAAAAUCUAAACUAAUUGAUUUUUUUUUACAAGAAAUUCUAAAAUUACUUUAAAACUCUUUUAGAAAGGCUUCUGCUAUAUUGUAGCAGUACUACAUAUACACACUGCUCAAUAAUACCAUGGCAUGGUAUAUCUUCUGUCAUUGACAAUAACACCAUACAAUGCCUUUGAAGUGACGAUGACCUUAAAUACUUUUUACUGGAUGCAAACAGUUUCUGAGCCACAAGAGAUGUCAGCACCAUUGAGGUACGAUUUUCCUGAAGGCCACUUUCUGAAGAAAUGCUAAACUCUGAAAAUAAAACCAUACAGUGCCAUUGAUUUGCCUCCAGGCUAAUUCUGGUUCUUUUUGGAAGAAAUCCUAAAUUAUUAACAUUGUGUACAUCAGAUCUUAUAUCUAUCCUUCUGACUUAAGCGGGUCUGUUUGGUAUUUAGAGAACCACCACUGUUGGAAUGGACUUUUACGUACAGGAUGGCAACAAAUCCGAUUUACAGAUUGUGGUUCAAAUGUUAAAAUAUUGGACAGUGAUCUGUAUUGACUUAGUAAGUAAUAAAUUGUUCUGCUUAG